UCUUUCACACGUUUCUAUUUCAUGGAACUCUAAUAUAGUGCAUUAUUGAGUGCUUUUUCCUUCACUCUCCCCAGACCACAAAGAUCUAAAUUGAUUUGGGUCUUGUUUUCUUAUUAGUUGAGAAGAUCUCGCCCCAGUGCAAGAUCAGUUUGUACAGAUUUUGCAGUCUGCAGCUUGAUUAUGCUAGUAAUAUCUCAUGAGAUUCUCGUCUCAGAUCUGAUCGUAUAUAUCCUCUCUGCAGCAGAUCUAACUUCAGAUCUACCCAGGUCAAGUACCUAAUCAUAUAUCCUUUCUGCAGCGAAUCUCCUUGUCAGCCUGGGCUUCAAACCUAACAACCCUAAUGACCAAUUUUCCCUAUACAAUGAAUUUCAGUUCCAUCUCAUUUCAACCAGACCAAGCUUACAAAAAAUCUCUGGAACGUUAUAUUCAAGAGUGUCCAGUAAAUGGCUUUGGUAACCCCAGUUCAUGUAACGUUGGGAAGAAGGCAGGCGCGCAACCCACCAAGCAGAUCAUUCACAAAAUGAUUGAAAGGCAGCGGCGGAAAGAAAUGAACUCACUCUACUCAGAGCUGUGGCUACUACUUCCGGAAAAAACCAUUCGGGGAAAGCGUUUAGUAACAGACCAAGUGGAGGAAGCCGCUAAUUACAUUCGUUAUCUAGAGGAACAGAUCAAAGAUCUAACAAAGGAAAGAGACAAGAAGAAAACUCAUGCUGUUUGCUUUAAGGGCGUUGAAAUAUCCAAGCCUCUGGAAUUCCAAGAAUCAGAUGAGGGUUUCCCAUCAGUUAAAAUAAUUUCAUUUGGUUCAGCUGCAUUUCAGGUCUAUAUAAACUCGAUCCAGAAUCAGAUCGCCUUGUCCGAUAUUCUUCUGGUGUUGGAAGAGUGUAGAGUUGAAGUUGUGAGCGCUGCUUCGUCUGUGACUAAUGGGAAUGCUUUCCACACCGUUCACGCCAAGGAAGGUUUUUGGCUCAUAGAAUUUGACACAUGACUUUGGAAAAUUCUGUCUGGGCUGCACAAGGGCAUGCAUAUGAAUCAAGAAUGUAUAUGUACACAACUGAUUUAGGCUAUGGACAUGGUUGCUCGAAUUUAUCUUUUGUGUGCAUAUCGAAAAGAAAGAAAAUGCAUGUAACAGUACAAGGGAGGAGAAAUUGAAGAAAUUAUUGUCCACAGUGUGGGUGCUUGAGUGGGUCUUUCGUUAGCAGCGCAUUAGAUUAAUAGAAUGCAUUUGACACAAGAAAGAAAAUUGACAAUCAAUAAUCUCCAUCCUUCUCCCUUAUGGAC